UGAAAAAACACUCGGUAUUUCCCCCGGAACAUUUUUAAAGUGCGUCAUGUUUCCAUAGGUGUUAAAUUCUUAACAUUCCUCUCUGCUCUUUCAUUUUUUUGCUUCUUUUGUUUUCGGCGCUGUGAGGCUUGUGCUGAUUGAUCUCCAGUCAAAUUAAUUAUCCUUCAUCGCAGCAGCUCCAGCACCAAAGUCCAUGGCUUGCGUGGAUCACCUGCUGCGGGAAAUCAACCAGAUAACAGAAUGUCUCGGCAGCGGCGACUGCAGAAAGGUGCUGUUUCUCUGUGAAACCCUGGAGACGGACAACAGCGUGAACCGCGUGAAGGAGAUCUUGAGCUCUAAAGUGCAAUGCCACGAAAACGCGUCGCUGUUUCUGUGCGAGCUGGUCUGGCGAGUGGGGCGGAUGGACAUCUUGAGGAAGCUGUACAAAGUGAGCGGCAGAGAGCUGGAGCAGACCCUUAAGCACAGAGAAGUUCUCCCAAGAUACAGAGUCCUGAUGGCGAAUAUCAGUGAGGAUAUUGUCAAAGAUGACCUUGAGAGCAUUAAAUUCUUGUUGAGCAACACAUUGUCCAGAGAGAAGAUAAAGAAUGCUAUGAGUUUCUUGGAUGUGCUCAUUGAAUUGGAGAAGCUUGACUCAGUUUCACCCGAAAGAGUGGACUUUGUGGAGAAAUGUCUGAAGGACAUUGGCAGGAUUGAUCUGGCCAAACAAGUGACUGCCUACAGAUCUUCAGUUGAGACUUGUGAACAGCGUUCAUCCCAACAACAAAGUCGCUUCACUGCUGAACUUCAACCAAUACAGCCCCAGCGCGCUGCACCCAGAAUAAAUGCCCCGUUGCGAGUAAACAGAGAACUGAGCCGUCAGAGCACGAUAGAGCAGUACAACUUUAAUACCAAUCCCAGAGGACUCUGUGUUAUCAUAGACUGUGUGGGUUGUGAUGGAGGAAGGUUAGAGCAGACAUUCAAGGCCCUUCACUUCAACGUGGUCCUCCACCAGUGGCUGAGUGCCAGUGACGUUCUUUCAGUGCUCACUGGGAUAAGUAGGCAAAGAGACACCCACAGAGGCGAUGGCUUUGUCUGCUGCAUCAUUAGCCGUGGAACCACUGAUCAUCUCUUGGGUACCGACUCGUACGGCACCGAAAUACCCACGGACAGUGUCCGGCACCUUUUCACAGGUGAUUCUUGCCCCAUGCUGGUGGGGAAGCCCAAGCUUUUCUUCAUCCAGAGGUACAGCGUCCCAGAGUUUGCGCCCUAUCCCAGGAUGGACCAGAGGGACGAAGACCUGGAGACAGACGGCUGUAGUGGACUGGCCGCGUGUAAUUAUAUCCCUAAAGACGCAGACGUCUUCUGGAGUCACUGCUGGACGGAUGAAAGCCAACUGGAGCAGGGAGAGCAUCACUCGGUAUACCUGAAGGCUCUAAACGAUGCUCUGUGCAAAGCACAAAGGAGGAGAACUAAUCUUGUUGAUGUUCAUACGGAGGUGAAUGGAGCCAUCUUUGAACAUAACCGAAGGAAUCCCAGAGCUGUUUACCACAUUGAAUUAAAACACACUCUUAGGAAAGAUCUUUACCUAGAAUAGAAAUCAAAGCCUUUUUUUUCCCCCACCCCAAUAAGAUACCAGAAAUAAAGAAGGCCAUAUGGCAAUAUGGCAAUAUGUGUGAAGUGGAAGAAUAAAAUAAAAUAGUAUAUUUUUAAUAUUUUAUUAUUUUUCAUUAAAAGAAAAGAGAGAAUAGUAGUAGAUUUCUCAUAAACUGUCCAUGUUUAAACUGUUAAACUGUCUAAGUCUAUACACAAACAAAUAUCCCCUAUCCAGUGUGAAUGUGAAGGGGGAGCUGGAUGUUUCCACCUGAAUAAGACAGCUCUCUCUCCUGGCAAUUCAUGAUAAAAAUGAGAGCAUUUUUUGUUUGAAACGUGGUAAGUCCAGCCCGAGUAUUCUUAGCAUAAAACACUAACGUGUAAACACACCCUAGCAGUCUGCUGUGUAUACACUGACACCUACUGGUGCCAUUCACAAGGUAAUUUUUCAAAUGAAGGAGAAAAAAAGUUUAAAUAUAUAUGCAUGUAUAUUUAUCUGAUAUAUUAUUUUUUUGUAAAUAUUUAUGGGUACAUUUCAGUGCCUCCGGCAGGAAGUUUGCAGCUAUUUUUUUUAAUUUAAUUUAAUUUUAAUUUAUUUUACUUUUAUACUUUGGAGUUUUAUAAUCUUUUGCGAUGCUGAAUAAAACCACGAGAAGCCCACUAUAUAUAUAUAUAUAUAUAUAUAUAUAUAUAUAUAUAUAUAUAUAUAUAUAUAUAUAUAUAUAUAUAUAAAACGCAUCAUCUACACUCCUAGACCUCGAGAAACUGUAGUGGGUCUAAAACUGCUUAGACUAUGGUCAGAAGUUUUCAUUAUUAAUGGGAUAAGGGCCACAGAACUUCAAUCAUUCAGUCUUUUUAUAGUGGUAUUUGAUUUUUUUUUUCUUUCUACCUAGCACAAUGAAACGAUUAUAUAAGUGAUAUUUACCGGUAAUCAUUAUUCCUGCGUGCUCAUACAUUGUAUUCAUUUAUUUUCUUUUA